UUCACAAGAAAAAACGACUGGUCUGACGAGGUUUGACUGGUGUUUAGAGAUGUGUAUAAAUGUUUAUCAGUGAAACUAAACAUGUUCAGGGAGUUGAAAUUGCAGGCUUAUCUCCGCGCACUGUUCCAGCAUCACGGGGUGACCCGGCGUGGAGUUUUGAUGGACUGAGCGCAGGUAUUCACUCUGUAGAAAGGCGAAUCAACGAAGAGGGGUUUUCAAUUAAUUACAUCAGCUGGCUGCAUGUAAUGUAAUGAUUGACUCCGAUGCGACCUCACGCCACUCCAGGGGCCCGCGAGUGUAAACCGUGUAUAUACGGCGGCUACAAUUUACAAAUAACCAUAUAGACGUGCAUGUAAUUCUCAAAUCAUUAGGCUCUCUUGGAUACAGGUGUAAACAUUCCUCAGAAGAAAGUCUUCUCAUAUCUUUCUGCUUUCUCGGCCAACUCCCAGGCAAACUCAUUGAGAUCAUAUUGGAAAUUGAUCGCUCCGAAUGGUCAUGUUUAUAAGCUGACAAUAAUCGCUGGUAGUGAUGCCUCUAACUGAGAGCGAUUGUGCUGCCACCUACAAGGUUUUGAUCGUUGGUGAUGCGUAUGUCGGGAAGACAGCCCUAUUGAAAUGCCUGAUGGGAUACGAGUUCGCCCUGCAGAGCCGACCGACACUGUGGACUUUGUGACGAAGCCAUUUGAAGUUGACGGGGCACUAGUGCAGAUGAUGAUAUGGGACACGGCUGGUCAGAGAAGAUUCAUGUCCAUGACCCGACAGCAAUACAAAGAGGUCAAGGGUAUCGCCGUGGUGUUUGACAUCUCGGAUAGAGCCACCUUCACACAUCUCUCGUUUUGGUUAGAAAGCAUCAACAACUGCGUCUCUAAUUUCGUGUGUAAUUAUGAAUCAGUACCAAUCAUUCUGAUCGGAAACAAAGCCGAUCUCAAAGAGCGCAGAAUGGUGUCCAUUUCUGAAGCUAAAAAGUUUGCAAACAAGGAGAUGGCUUUUGAUUAUUUUGAAACGAGCGCCAAAACCGGGACCAAUGUUUUCGCUGCCUUUCAGAAAUUAGCAUAUCACGUGACAGAAAUUUGUAAUCCACAAGUGAUGAAAAGUUAUCACCCGCACAUGCUCAGGCCACCGGAAAUACUGGAAAGGGUGACAAAAAGGAAGUCUAGUGUAACAUGUAAAGUAGAGAACGUCACGAGAAUUCCGGAAAGGUUCAAACCCGUUGGGCAACUGAGGACUUCAAUGCGUGGGGGAAAGUACAAAUUCCGGGUCCGAAAGAGGAAAAAGAAGCGUGCUCAGUGCUGUACUAUCCAGUGACGUCUGGGAUGUGAUUAUUAGAAUUUUGACUUUGAUGCUAGUUUGAAUGAGUGAUAUGCUUGUCAGUGGUUGUGUUGCUUAGAGUCGAUGUUGGGAGAGGGCUAAAAUAGACUAUGUCUGCUGCCCAAUCCCUUUCACUAUUUGUGAAUAAAAUUAAUAUAAAUUAAAUCAAA